UUAAUCAACAAUUAUUCAACACUUCAGGUGACUUUAUAUAGAAGCCAUUUUUCUCCAAAAUUUCCCAACCCUCAUCAAAAUUUCUCUCACCAAAAAGGGGUUUUUCUAAUCCGAAGCAUUUGGGAUCACUCGAGCUUCACUCGCAUUUUGCGUCAUGAAUUAUCAGAGCAAGAAGCUCAUUAACAACCCAAACGAUGUUGUAACAGAGUUCAUUGAAGGGCUAGUGGAAACCUACCCUGGUUUGCAGUAUUUGGAUGGCUUUCCUGAUGUAAAAGUUGUUUUACUUGCUGAUGUUUCUGGUGGCACAUAUGACAAAGUGGCCGUUAUAUCAGGAGGGGGAAGUGGCCAUGAGCCGGCUCAUGCUGGAUUUGUUGGAGAAGGAAUGCUGACAGCAGCAAUAUGUGGUGAUAUUUUUGCCUCUCCUCCCGUUGACUCCAUUCUUGCAGGUAUACGAGCCGUUACUGGUCCUUCAGGGUGCCUGCUGAUUGUCAAGAAUUACACAGGCGACCGCUUAAAUUUCGGUUUGGCAGCUGAGCUGGCUAAAUCUGAAGGUUAUAAAGUGGAGAUGGUGAUUGUUGGUGAUGACUGUGCUCUACCACCUCCAAGAGGUAUAGCUGGACGAAGAGGUUUGGCUGGAACCAUUCUUGUUCAUAAGGUUGCUGGGGCUGCAGCUGCUGCCGGCCUCCCUUUAGAAGAAGUUGCUGCUGAAGCUAAACGAGCAUCAGAAAUGGUAGGCACAAUGGGCGUUGCACUGUCAGUUUGCUCGGUCCCUGGUCAGGUGCCUUCAGAUCGUCUAGGCCCUGGCAAGAUGGAGCUUGGCCUUGGAAUUCAUGGAGAACCAGGCGCUGCUGUGACUGACAUCAAACCUGUUGACAUCGUGGUUUCACAUGUCUUGAAGCAAAUAUUGUCACAGGAAACAAAUUAUGUACCUAUAACUCGUGGCAGCAGAGUUGUACUUAUGAUUAACGGAUUAGGGGCCACUCCUCUCAUGGAACUGAUGAUUGCUGCUGGAAAGGCGGUUCCUCGACUGCAGCUGGAACAUGGAUUGGCUGUUGAGAGAGUGUACACUGGUUCAUUUAUGACCUCUCUUGAUAUGGCAGGAUUUUCAAUAAGUGUGAUGAAGGCUGACGAAGCAGUUUUGAAGCGUAUGGAUGCCCCAACUAAGGCUCCGAAUUGGCCUGUUGCUGCUGAUGGUGACCACCCGCCUGCAAAGAUUCCUAUUCCAAUUCCACCAUGUCGUUUGAAAAAGAAUGAUGAGCCACCAAGUCGGCCAGAACAGCUUAGUCGUGAAGGUCAGAUUCUUGAGUUGGGUAUUGAAGCUGCAGUAAAUGAACUUAUCAAUCUCAGGGACAUUUUAAAUGAAUGGGACGGUAAAGUUGGUGAUGGUGACUGUGGAUCGACAGCGCAUCUGCUUUACCCAUUGAAUGACCCUGCACAGACUGUCGGUGAAAUUGGAACUUCCAUAAGAAAAGGCAUGGGUGGAACGAGUGGGAUCAUAUACGACAUAUUCAUUAAGGCAGCGCAUGCAGAUCUGAAGGCUAAUAGUGACUCGGGAAUCACAGCAGUACAAUGGGCUGGUGCAUUUGAGGCUGCCCUUGCUGCAGUCAGUAGGUAUGGGGGUGCUAAACAAGGUUACCGCACGUUGUUGGAUGCUCUUAUUCCUGCAUCCUCUGUCCUUAAAGAGAAAUUGGCUGCUGGAGUUGACCCCAUUGAGGCUUUUGUUCUUUCUGCUGAAGCAGCUGUGGCUGGUGCUGAGUCGACUAAGAAAAUGCAGGCACAGGCUGGGAGGUCAUCCUAUGUCUCGGCAAAUAUUCUAGCAUCAGUACCUGACCCAGGUGCCAUGGCUGCAGCUUCGUGGUACAAAGCAGCUGCAUUGGCUGUGAAGAACGCGUAUGAAGCUUCAUGAGUUUUAAAAAUUUAAAUGAUCUAAAAGAUAAUCACAGACUAUUGCGGCUUCCUUUUUGGUUCUGAGGAGGGGCAAAAUUUUUAUGAGCGAAUUGUUUUUUCCAUCUUUUGGCUUUUUGUCUAUUGGUUAUCUUUCAAUUUUCCGUCAUGAAAUUGCUUUCCGCUUAUGCUGUAGCUGAUGCAUAAAGCUGAGAGAGCAUAAUCUACAUAUUUGAUGCUGAAACUGGUGCUUUCAUUGGGGGGGUUUUAAUGCGUGACGGUAACAUUCAUUCUCGUGCAUGCUUGCCAUUUUUUUUGAUGAAAUGUGUUCAGUUUGGGUGGUUGGAAGAUGACUUUGAUUUUGCUCGAGUUUUAGGCUUGAUUGCUCGAGUGCAAUUGUUGGUGUUCUCCAGAGAUGCUAAACCUAAAUGAGUUAUGCUAUAGCGAACCUUACGGGAUCUUUCUUUUUCCUGUCAAUACUUGUGAAAUUGUAAUGUUGCCGCCUAAAUGUCGUUCUGACUUUUCUGACGGGUACACAUACUGCAAUAGGUAGCUUGGUUGAGCUAAGCAUUUUUAAUUCAAGUUCCAAUUUAUGGUGGUUGGAUUGAUUGGGUGGUCCGGAGAUAAUAAUGUGAAGUUGGGUUGAGUAAACAGCGACUACCAUGCAAAUUGAUAAAUUCC